AUGGCCGAGCCAGAGGGGAAGACUAGCCUCGUGAUUAGGAGGGCCUUGCAAGCACGUGUGGAAGAGCAUGCUGCCCCCCAACGCCAACACAUUUUCAUCACCCGUUGUAGAAUUGGUGACGAGGUAUGUGAUUUGAUUAUUGAUGGAGGGAGUGAGGCUAAUACCGUGUCUAAGACCUUAGUAUCUAAACUUGGUCUAACUACUACUAAUCAUCCACAACCUUACAAGUUGAGUUGGUUAGAUUCAAAUGCUAGCACCGGGGUUAGGAAGCAAUGCAUGGUUUCUUUUUGUGUUGGUUCAUAUUGUGAUUCUAUAUUAUGUGAUGUUGUGUCUAUGGAUGCUUGUCAUAUUCUACUUGGUAGGCCUUGGCAAACGGAUAAAAAAUCUAUACAUGAUGGGUAUCACAAUACGUAUACCAUAGUCCAUGAAGGGAGGAAGAAAAAACUACACCCUUUACCACCCCCACGGUUUUCACCAUCACAAACCCCACAAAAAGAAGUAUCCUUGUUGUCUCUUAAAGAGUUUGAGAGGGAGUUGGAAGGUGAGGGAGAGUUGUUCAUGCUGUACUCCAAGGAAACCCACGAAAAAUUUGUUGCUCAUAAUCCUAGGUUAGCCCAAUUGAUUAAGGAUUUUGAGGACGUUUUUCCGGAUGAAUUACCUAAAGGACUACCACCCAUACGAGGAAUUGAGCAUCAAAUUGAUCUCAUUCCCGGAGCACCCUUGCCAAAUAAACCAGCCUAUAGAUGUAACCCUUUAGAAACUAAGGAGUUACAACGACAAAUUGAAGAGCUAAUGGGUAUGGGUUAUGUGCGUGAGUCCAUGAGUCCAUGUGCCGUUCCUGCUUUGUUGGUCCCUAAGAAAGAUGGUACUUGGAGAAUGUGUAUUGAUAGUAGAGCCGUUAAUAACAUUACCAUCAAGUACAGGUUUCCAAUUCCAAGGCUUGAUGACAUGCUUGAUGAGCUGAGUGGUUCCAAGGAGGAAGAAGAAGUUGAAGAAGAUUGUGAUGAUUGCAUGGCCGAGCCAGAGGGGAAGACUAGCCUCGUGAUUAGGAGGGCCUUGCAAGCACGUGUGGAAGAGCAUGCUGCCCCCCAACGCCAACACAUUUUCAUCACCCGUUGUAAAAUUGGUGACGAGGUAUGUGACUUGAUUAUUGAUGGAGGGAGUGAGGCUAAUACCGUGUCUAAGACCUUAGUAUCUAAACUUGGUCUAACUACUACUAAUCAUCCACAACCUUACAAGUUGAGUUGGCUAGAUUCAAAUGCUAGCACCGGGGUUAGGAAGCAAUGCAUGGUUUCUUUUUGUGUUGGUUCAUAUUGUGAUUCUAUAUUAUGUGAUGUUGUGUCUAUGGAUGCUUGUCAUAUUCUACUUGGUAGGCCUUGGCAAACGGAUAAAAAAUCUAUACAUGAUGGGUAUCACAAUACGUAUACCAUAGUCCAUGAAGGGAGGAAGAAAAAACUACACCCUUUACCACCCCCACGGUUUUCACCAUCACAAACCCCACAAAAAGAAGUAUCCUUGUUGUCUCUUAAAGAGUUUGAGAGGGAGUUGGAAGGUGAGGGAGAGUUGUUCAUGCUGUACUCCAAGGAAACCCACGAAAAAUUUGUUGCUCAUAAUCCUAGGUUAGCCCAAUUGAUUAAGGAUUUUGAGGACGUUUUUCCGGAUGAACUACCUAAAGGACUACCACCCAUACGAGGAAUUGAGCAUCAAAUUGAUCUCAUUCCCGGAGCACCCUUGCCAAAUAAACCAGCCUAUAGAUGUAACCCUUUAGAAACUAAGGAGUUACAACGACAAAUUGAAGAGCUAAUGGGUAUGGGUUAUGUGCGUGAGUCCAUGAGUCCAUGUGCCGUUCCUGCUUUGUUGGUCCCUAAGAAAGAUGGUACUUGGAGAAUGUGUAUUGAUAGUAGAGCCGUUAAUAACAUUACCAUCAAGUACAGGUUUCCAAUUCCAAGGCUUGAUGACAUGCUUGAUGAGCUGAGUGGUUCCAAGGUCUUCUCAAAAGUAGACUUGAGAAGUGGGUAUCAUCAAAUUCGCAUGAGAGAAGGGGAUGAAUGGAAGACUGCGUUCAAGACAAAGCAUGGGUUGUAUGAGUGGCUCGUCAUGCCAUUUGGCCUUACAAAUGCCCCUAGCACGUUCAUGAGAUUAAUGAAUGAAGUGCUAAGGCCAUUUCUUGGCAAGUUCGUGGUAGUAUACUUGGAUGACAUUCUCAUUUAUUCACGUGAUGAAGAAGCUCAUUUUGAGCAUCUUUUUCAAGUAUUUUCUGUUUUGAGACAAGAAAAAUUGUAUGGGAAACUAGAAAAAUGUGAUUUUUUAUUGUAUGAAGUCAUGUUUCUUGGCUAUAUAGUUUCAGGUGAUGGCGUGAAGGUAGACCCUAGCAAAAUUGAAGCAAUUCAAUCAUGGCCUAGUCCGAAGACACUCACGGAAAAGGGGACGUUUGAAUGGACUACACAAGCUCAAAAGGCCUUUGAAGAAGUCAAGGAAAAAAUGUGCAACACUCCUAUUCUUGCACUCCCUGAUUUUUCCAAGCCAUUUGAAGUUGAGUGUGACGCAAGUGGAAAAGGUAUUGGUGCCGUAUUGAUUCAAGGUGGGCGUCCAAUUGCUUAUUUCAGUGAGAAGAUGAGUCAAGGCAAGUUGAAUUACUCCACCUAUGACAAAGAGUUCUAUGCUAUGGUGAGAGCUCUAGAACAUUGGUCACAUUAUUUGAGGCCACAACCUUUCAUUUUGCAUUCCGAUCAUGAAUCAUUGAGGUUCAUACAUGGUCAAAAGAAGCUGAACGCAAGACAUGCAAAGUGGGUCGAAUUUUUGCAAACAUUUAACUUUUCCUCUAAAUACAAGAGACAUGAAGCUCAUGGGGGAGGACUAGCUGGUCACUUUGCUUACAAUCGGACUCCUAGUUCUACUACCAAGUACUCUCCUUUUGAAGUAGUCUAUGGUGUCAAUCCGUAUGUUCCUAUUGAUCUCAUAGCUUUGCCACAAGACAAGUUCGUUCAUGGUGGAGCUAAGGAACAAGCCGAGUUCAUGUUGAAGGUCCACAAGGAAGUUAGGAAGAACAUUGAGAAAGCAAAUGAAGUCUACAAGAAACAAGCCAACAAGAGGGUGAAAAACGUGAAGCAAUUUGAAGUUGGUGACUUAGUGUGGAUUUACAUGAGGAAAGAGAGGUUUCCUAGCAAAAGGAAGAACAAGCUUAUGCCAAGAGCCGAAGGUCCAUUUGAAAUCGUGGAAAAGAUCAAUGACAAUGCAUACAAGGUU